UCCCCUCACUCACACACUUUGUCACCAGUCUGCUGUAGGUAGCGCAGUCAUGCUGUGGCUGUGCUGCCACUGCCGCUGAGAGAGAGGAAAUCAGACCACUUAAACCAGAAAACCACUGGCAAAAGAGACACAACAUAAGGAAGUUUCUGGUUGUUUCCACUUCAUGUAAAAUCCUCAAGUUGACGACUUUUAGAGAGUUAUAUUUGAAAUGGAGGAAUGGGAUGUUCCUGCUUCUUCCUCACCAAUAGUUAACGGGUCUUGUGAGAACCUGGAAUGCUACAUGGUCUUGAUUAAAGCAGAGAAGACAGCCAUUGGCUCCAUCUGUUUCCUGGCAGGUCCUAUCACGCUGCUCGAAAAUGCCCUUGUGCUUGCCGUGAUCGCUGCCACAGCCACUCUCCGGCAGCGGCCCUCCUAUCUGUUCAUUGGCAGCCUUGCUCUGGCUGAUGUCUUUGCCAGCUGCUUCUUCACCACCAGUUUCCUGGACUUCCACCUCUUUCGUCGCAGCGAUGGCCCCACCGCCUACCUCUUUAAGUUAGGUGGCGUCACCAUGGCCUUCACCAGCUCAGUGGGAAGCUUACUGCUGACUGCUCUGGAUCGCUACCUCUGCAUCUACCAGGCCUCCAGCUACAAGUUGUUGCUGACCCGCAGACGAGCCCUGCUGAGCCUGUUGAGUCUCUGGAGCGCCACCAUCUUCAUCUCCUUCUUGCCUCUGAUGGGCUGGAGAUGUCCCACAGGACUUAAUCCACCUUGCUCACGUCUGUUUCCCUACAUCAACCAGGGGUAUCUGGCCUGCUGGACCAGCUUCACUCUGGUACUCCUGGCUCUUAUUCUGGGGGCUUACACUCUCAUCCUGUGGAAAGCCCACCGACACGAAUCCUCCAUGACCAGCCUCCAGGGAGCAGCAGCAGCAGCAGGGACAGGCCACGCUCGCAUGAGGAUGGAUAUCCGGCUGGCUCGUACCUUUGGCCUGAUCCUGCUCAUUCUGGUGGGCUGCUGGCUUCCUGCACUUUCUUUCAUGAUAGCUGAUGUCACUGUGAUCCUGACCCACACCCAACAGAGGGCCUUCGCCUUUUGCAGCACUCUCUGCCUGGUUAACUCUGCAGUCAACCCACUGCUGUAUGCCCUGCGCUGCAGAGAGCUAAGAGUUGCUCUGCUGCAGUUACUACAAAGGCUGUGUAAGAUUGGGUGGUGUAAAACGUCUACAGAGGAUUUAACCCCGGGACUACCCACUGCAGAAGACAACAACUUUGCCGCCAUCACUGAGGAGGAGAUGUCCAGGCCCAGAAGCACCCAACUCAACUCUGUCUCAGAAAUGGUCAACAAUCAGUAUCUGAAUAUUAGAAAAUGAAGGAGGAGGAAGACUUGAAACAGACAGAUGGAAAAAUGUCUGAGAAAUGUUUGUGGCAGUGCUCUGGGGGUGAAGACUGUGAUUCAGAUCAACUUUACUGCAGGUUACAAAUCAAAUCCAUAAUACCCAAUAGUAAGAUUCAUUGUCAUCAAAAUAUUAGAGUUGGCUUUUUUGAACAACACUAUUGUGGUAAAAACUAUUAAACAAUAGGUUCUUAAUAUUGUUAUUGGUUACAGGUGAUAAGAAACAUGAGAAAAUCUAUGAAAUGUGGGAAGCAUGUGACAUAUUGUGUUUUAUAUUCAAUUGCAACAGCUACUAAACAGUGCUUGUAAGGAGAAAACAGUAAUCCUGGACAUAAACAUUACUUUAAUCACAACAAUUACAGCACUGGGGUUUAGUGAGAUUAUUGUUACUACCAAUAAGUAUGAUUAACAUGGUAGAAUUUCAGUAUACCUACUUGCAAGUACUAAAAACUAUUAUCUAGUAAUAUGUCAAGCAAAAGGUUUAAUGUAUAUGUUGGGCUUUUUUUUUUUAAAAGUGAGAUGAUGUAAUGUGGCCAUUUAACCCAUAAUCUUUGUCCUCUCUGCCCCCCAUGUAAUUGCUUUAAAGCUUUCUCUGCUAUGAAAUACUGUCCUGUCCUGUGGACUGAACUGCUGACUUAACUUUUGGGUCUAUGAUUUGUUGUCUGUAUGCUUCUUUAUGUUUGAGUGUUUGUCCCUGAGCAUGCAGGAACAGAGGACCCUGUGGGUUGCCUAUCUGUAUCUGCACAUGAAUGCUAGGACUCCACAAAAGCCCCAUGCAUGGGAGGAUUUCACACAAUGUUCACCACAUGUAUCCAAGCAGUGUGCUGAGGUAAAUGGGGAACAUGCCAGGAAGAGAAAACUAGCACAAACACUAGAACAGUCUUUGCAACAGAGACAGCUGGGAGCUGCAGUAAAGCACAUACUGAUAUGGAUUUAAACUCACAGCAGUAUUUAGAUUAAACCACUUGUUGAUAGUAGAUCACUGGAUUGUAGUCAGAACAUGUUUAAACCACUACAUCAGCUGAUUAAAGAUAAUAUUU